CCAGCAGUCAGUGCACUUGCACAGCUGAGCCGCGACAAACGUGUUUCGGUGGUUUGGUAUUUUCUCGCAAAAACGAUCGCGACCAUUUGUCUAUCCCAUUACAAGUAGCUCGCUUUUGAUCCGGCUCCACUUCACCACACUGCGCUGUGUGUAGGUGCACUGAUUUCAACUACGAUUUUGGAACGCCAACAAGACAAAGGAAAUAGCUUCAAGUGAAAAAAUGCUGUGCAUAUGAGUCAUUAAGGGCCAUACACCUAAGUCAACGGGACUAUUACAACUAAGAGAAAGCCAAAUCAUUCACAGUUUCAGUUUUACAACGCGUUUGUUUAUUUAUUUAUCGGAAAUAAAUUUUUGAUAUAACAGAAAGCGAAAUAAGUCAGCAUGGAGGAUGCUGCAAAAAGCGAAAAGUUCAAUGGACAUAAAAUGGAGAUAGCGCAUCAUGAUCCCACUGAAAUUGUCGAAGCCGAACCCCUGUCCUGGAAAUUUUGGAAGAAACGUCGCUAUGUUGUAGUCUUGCUGGCAUUCCUCGGUUUCUUCAAUGUCUACUCACUGCGCGUUAACCUCAGUGUGGCCAUCGUGGCUAUGACAGAGAACCGUACUGUGAUCGAUGAUGCUGGCAAUGUUUCAUAUGAACAAGACUUUCCUUGGGAUUCAAAGCAGAGAGGUCUCAUAUUGAGUUCAUUCUUCUAUGGUUACAUAACGACGCAGUUUAUUGGCGGUUUCAUUGGCGCUAAAAUUGGCGGUAAUAUUGUCUUCGGCGUGGGUAUCGGUACAACAGCUCUGCUCACACUACUCACUCCAAUGGCGGCGAAGCAUAGUUUGGAGAUGUUCCUUGCUGUGCGUAUAGUUGAAGGUGUUUUUGAGGGCGUCACUUUCCCCUGCAUACAUGCCGUGUGGUCUCGCUGGUCACCGCCUCUGGAGCGUUCGCGCAUGGCUUCCAUUGCGUUCGCUGGCAACUACGCAGGUACCGUUAUCGCAAUGCCCUCAUCCGGUCUCCUAGCUUCUGCUUAUGGCUGGGAGAGUGUCUUCUAUGUUUUCGGCACCAUUGGCUUGAUUUGGUUCGUUCUAUGGAUAGCGAUUGUGCGGUCGGGACCAGAUCGUGAUCGUUUCUGUUCGGACGAUGAAAGGGAGUACAUACAGAAGAAGAUAGGCUUCACCGGUAGUCAUGAAGUCAAACAUCCAUGGAAGGAGAUCUUCACUUCGAAGCCAUUUUAUGCGAUUAUUGCAUCACACUUCUCCGAAAACUGGGGUUUCUAUACGCUGCUAACACAGCUGCCGACAUUUUUGAAAGAUACACUAAAUUUCAAUUUGGAUAAGACUGGUUUCCUCUCUGCGGUUCCGUAUCUUGCUAUGGGCAUACUCCUCGGCGUCUCUGGAUAUUUGGCCGAUUGGCUGCAAGUGAAGAAAAUUUUGACGACAUCUCAGGUGCGCCGCUACUUCAACUGCAGUGCUUUCCUCGCACAGACAACAUUUAUGAUAUUGACAGCCUACUUAUUAGACCCGACAUGGUCUGUGGUGUGUAUCACGAUAGCUGUUGGCUUGGGGGCUUUCGCGUGGUCGGGUUUUGCUGUUAACCAUCUUGAUAUUGCUCCCCAACACGCUAGUGUGCUAAUGGGCAUUGGCAACACCUUUGCCACCAUACCCGGCAUUGUCAGUCCCAUGUUGACAGGGUAUUUGGUCACCAAUCAAACUGCGGAGGAAUGGCAAACGGUCUUCUUCAUCUCUGCCGGAAUCUACCUCAUUGGUUGUGUCACCUAUUGGUUCUGGGCUUCAGGCGAACUGCAAGAAUGGGCCAAGACGCCGGAACAAAAGGCGGCAGAGAUCGAGGAGCGACAACGAGCGUUGAUGACAAAUGGCGCCGGCAAGGAGGGCUAUGUGAACGACGCUGCUGAGCUGAAAGAGCAAUAGUAGCAUACUAAGCGGGUGCGUGAAAGGGUUUACGGGGUUUACAUACCCACAUACCUAUCUACAGUAUACGUGUACAUAUAAGCAAAGAAGUUGUGAUAUAGCGCUUUGGCAACGUAGACCGCUACGAAUAUAAUUCCCUAGAAAAAUUAUCCUGAUGUUUUAAGAACAAAAGAAUAUUAAGGUUGGCGUAGCUAGUACAAGUAUGUGUGUAAUUAAGUAUAAGUAUUACGGUAAAUGAACUAUUCAUUUGUGAUUGACUUUUAAAAAUAUUCAUACAUAUUUAAAUAUACAUAUAUAAACAUGGUAA